AUGGCAUAUGUGCAGAUUGAAUCCGAUGAUCGGAUGGAGGAGGGCCCCGAGAGGCUGCAGUUCCAAUCGUUUCUGAGCACCGAUGCCCGCGCGGCGAAUCAGGAAGGUGGCAAUGGUGCUCCGUCUUCAGGUUACUUCUCCGAAGGUCCCGCGAAGCCUUCAGGAUUCUGGCAGCUCGAAUACUACCAGCCUUACUUCGAUGUCGACACCAAAACCGUCUUGCGUCGCUGUUACACCACGCUCCUCCCACACACCCAAAACUACCUCUCCGCCCACCUAACACCCUCCGCGGACCUCUACGGCCCAUUCUGGACGCUCACCACCCUGAUCUUCUCCCUCUUCGUAUUCUCCUCCCUCGCGUCGUCCAUCUCCGCGUACCUCUCCGACCCCGCAGACUCCUCCGCCGCGGUCGUCCUCGAGUACGACUUCGGGCUGCUCUCGACCGCCGUCGGGCUCGUGUACGCGUACGGCCUCGGGGUGCCCGUCCUCCUCUGGCUCGCGCUGCGCUACCUCGGCGUUGGGGAGUGGAGCGUCAUCGAGGCCGUCGCCGUCUGGGGCUACGGCCAGUUCGUGUGGAUCCCCGUUGCGCUGCUGAAUGUAAUCCCGGUGCCGAUCGUGCGUUGGGUGCUGACUGGGGUCGCGUCCCUAAUCUCCGGGUGGUUCUUGGUCGCGAACGUGUACCCCAUCCUUGCCACGGCGGACGCGAAGCCGGUACGGCUCAUCAUCAUUGUGCUAGCUGCGAUGCACGCGGCCGUUGCCCUGUGUUUUCAGAUACUCUUUUUCAGCUACUACCCUACUGGAGCAGUGGGGCCCAAAGAUCCUAUCGCGACCUUACGAUAG